AUCUACCAAAAACAACAACAACAAAACUUUUCUAAAAUUUGAUUCAGUUUUUUAUUAUAUUUACUUUUUGAAAAUGGAGAAGGGAAAUAAGAGAAUGGCCGUUUUAGUCGGAUGCAAUUAUCCAAACAGCAGAAAUGAAUUACAUGGAUGUAUUAACGAUGUAGUAGCGAUGAGAGAGUUGCUCGUGAAACGUUUCAGGUUCGAGUCUACCCACAUUCAGCUCCUAGUAGAUUCAACUGUUGCUGGGUUGAGUUCUGUAAUGCCUACUGGUAUUAAUAUAAAGAAGGCACUUGAUGCUAUGGUUGAUGAGGCUAAACCAGGAGAUGUCUUAUUUUUCCAUUAUAGUGGACAUGGAACAAGAAUUCCAUCCUUGAAGCCUGGGCAUCCAUUUAGGCAAGAUGAGGCAAUUGUGCCUUGUGACUUUAAUCUCAUCACUGAUAUGGACUUCCGGCAGCUUGUGAACCGACUACCGAAGGGAACAAGCUUCACAAUCCUAUCAGAUUCAUGCCAUAGUGGUGGUCUAAUUGACAAAGAAAAAGAGCAAAUAGGACCUAAUCAUAUUUCAACAAAUACAACGAAACUUCGCCAUAUUUCUAAAUCCAUCCCAUUUGAAUCCAUAAUCGAACACUUAGCAUCUCUCACCGGAAUAAACACAUCCGACACUGCAACCCACUUUUUAGAGUUGUUCGGAGCAGACGCCAGCCUGAAAUUCAAACUACCGAAAUUCAAGUUCGACGAUCCUUCCGAAUUGGAAAUUAAACCAGAUGAAGGAAUAUUGUUAAGUGGGUGCCAGGCAAAUGAGACUUCUGCCGAUAUGAACCCAAUUGAGAAAGGAGAAAAGGCAUAUGGAGCCUUUAGUAAUUCUGUGCAAAUGGUUUUGAAACAGCAUUUGGAGGUACUGAGUAAUAAUGAAGUUGUUUUGAUGGCCAGAAAGGUUUUGGAAACACAAGGCUUUGAUCAACACCCUUGUCUGUAUUGUAGUGAUAAGAAUGCCGAUUCUGCUUUUCUCUGGCAACUUGAGAAUUAAUUAUAAUUAGCUAGCUAACCAUCAAGUUUAAUUUUUCAGUGUUGUCUUUAUUUUUAUGGUUAUUGUAUGUUGAAAUAAUUGAUUAAUCACUUAUUAUAAAAGUGAAAAUGUAAUAAGUUUAUGCCUUG